AUGUGGCCCAAGGCCACACCUCUCACCAGCAUCACCUUUGAAUCUGCUGCCACAGCACUGAUCGACAUAUGGUUUUCUUGCAGUGUCACUCUUCUCACUGUUACAACUAACCUCAGCCAUCAGUUUGAAGCAUCAUUAUUCAAUGACUUAUUCAACUUGUGUGGUACCUAUCACCUUCGUACCACAAGCUACAACCCUGCUAGCAGUGUCAUGAUUGAACACAUGUACUGGUCACUCAAAUGUAUCAUCACGUGCCACAAAGAGCCAAGGACUGAUACUCUGGCCUUGGUGCAGCUUGGCCUCCGGACAGCAUUAAAAGAUUAUACGUCCUGUUCUCCAGCACAACUAAUCUUUGGUGAACAAUUGCGGGUGCCACGUGACUCCAUCACACCUUCACCAGCAGAGAUUCUUGGGGACCAGCCGAACUUUCUUUAA